CUACAUACACGUUCUGAACGCGCCGACAGCCACAAACCUGUCACCAAACUUCAUUCAAAAUAUGUCAGAAAAAGCAAAUAAGUUACAAAUCGGCAAAACAGACUCGUCAGAUGAGCUGUUUGGAUAUUUAACGUAUUGUUAGGAGCCGUUCUUGUAUUCGGCAUUAAUCUCGUGAAAGUUGGUAAUGAAAUUCGAUGAUUUUUAUAGCCCUUAGUGACUUCUUCCGGCAAAGUGGAUCGUAGUCCACAACCGUGACUGAGCAAGUCAACCCAACCCGAAAGUUUCUAUAAAGUGACCCGAAGGCCGAAUACUUCAGAAUGUACCCUGUUUAGAGGAAACAUCGUACAUAAUGUAGUAUAACCAAGGGGUCAGCGCAGUUAAGGGAGGAAGCAUUAAACUGUGACAUUUUAGAGUGAAGUCUGGGUUGGGCGUAUUGUGUCAGCCCGUGUUUUAAGUUUAGUUAAUCUGCGGUUCUUGUAUCCGACACUCGAAGCUCACUGUCUGUCAGGUGAAGAGAAGCAGAGCGGAACUCACCUGCGUGUCAGUCUGUCGGAGUGAAACCGAAGUGAAACCGAGUCUGUUUAAACUCUGGCCAUGUCGGUGUCUCAGGUGUCCCCGGUUCUGUUCCUCGGCGGUCUGGACUCGGCUCUGAGCCUCAGCGUCCUGUCCAGCAGGAACAUCACGCUCAUCGUUAACGCCAGCGGGCUGGAGGACGUGUCCUACCCUCAGCUGGACGGCCUGCGUGUCCUCCACGUCCCCGUCCAGGAUCAACCUCACGCCCCCCUGAGACACUACUUUGACUCGGUGGCUGAACGGAUCAAUGAGAACCAAACCGGGAGGACUCUGGUCCACUGCACCGCGGGCAGGAGCCGAUCCCCCGCUCUGAUCAUGGCCUACCUGAUGAGGUCUGAAGGUCUCAGCCUCCGUCGGGCUCAUGAGCUCGUUCUGGAGCGGCGACCGUUCAUUCGCCCCAACGCUGGUUUCUGGAGGCAGCUGAUGGACUACGAGAGGACCCUGUUCAGCAGGAACACAGUGAGGAUGGUGAGGACGUCCAGCGGGGUCCUGCCGGAAGCUCUGGAGGACUCGGAGGACACAGACGCCGCCGCAGCGUACUGCGUCAAUGUUUGAUGGACUGCCAACAAACUGAUCUGACCACAGAUCGGUUUCCUGUCCUCUGGAGACCUGAAGUGGACUUCUUAAAGAACAAAAGGAGAAUCUAGAAACCCCGAAGACCUGAAACCAGAAGUGGACACAACAGCGUGUGUCCACUUCUGUGAAAACUUCUGUGCACCAAUCAGCAUUUAGCAACAUGUUAAAGAAAGUUAUUCUAUAUUUUUCUUAUUGUUAUUAAAUCUCACGUUCAGACCCAA